AUGGAGGAUAUUGUAGACUGUCAGGAGUCUGAGCCUUAUCUGGAGGCCAUGCAGUACAUAGAGAGGAUGAAGCAGGAGAAGGAAAGAAGCCUUGAGAGCGAGAGCGUCCCGAUGGAUCACGGGGUGUCUCUGUACCCCAUCACCGUUCCCUGCGCUCCUCUCUCUCAUGCUUCUGUGCAAUGGAACACCCCAGAAACACCCGAAGAGCCUUCCGGAUCGUCUGAGGCCUGCCCGAGGUUUGACUGGAUGCUGGAUCUUUCUUCCACAGACCAGGACGCCGCUGUUGUUUUCUCACCUAAAUCCGAGUCACAAUCAGACGUCACGCUUGUGUCUUCCCAGACAUGUGAUGCUCAGAAGUCAGAUAUGCAGACACAGCUGGCACUUUCACAUGAAGAGCACCCUGAAUCAUUUGCAGAUGUAAACGACUCCAGAACAAAUGUGCCUGAAGAGCAUUUUGAAGCUUCUGAUGGCUUUCAGAUCUUUAUGGACACACGAGACUCAGAGAUUCGACCGGGUCUGGAGAGCUCAACUUCGAAGGAAGAGAAGAGACCCGACAUGUUAGACUUUUCAAAAACAACUUUUGCUCACGAGGAAAGUACAGAUUCAGGCAUGGAAGAGCAAACUAGGGAGUGUACUGAGACCGAGGCAAACAGAGAAUCAUCAGACGCAAGAGCCAAUAUUCAGGAUCAGAUUCAAGGACCUGAUGAAUGUCUGGAAAAAGAAGAGUCAAGUUCCCCAGAGAUCCGGUCCGAUUGGUCAAAGGAUGCCAUCAUUACAGACACGACAGAACCACCGGAGCCGCUGCUGGACCUCUCGGACGAUUCGGUGCAGCUUGAAGAACUUAUACUGACACAAGAACCAGAAAAUAUAAGCACAUUAGUUACCGUGGCAGAGAUGAACCAGAAUUAUGGCACUUUACAACAUGCAGAAGACGUUCAGGGCGUAGACCUCUCCAAGGAAUCCAAUGCACAAGACCAAGCGCGUGUAGAAAGACCUGUAAGCUCAGAGCAAAAGUCUGACCCUGAAAAUGAAGGUCCAGAGCAAAGCGAGCAGUUCAGAUGUCCAGAAGAGAACAGAUCCUCAGAGCAGAUACAGAGUUCAGACACGUCCAGCAACACAAAGCAGCCGACAGCGCUGGCAGAUGUGGAAGCGACUAUACAAGAAGAGACAUCAGAGCCGGUUAUUGUCCUCGAACCCGCUGGUCCCUGCAUCAACGGUAGCACAGAGCUCGUAAACAGGGCUGAUGCCCAGCGGUUGGCUGAGAAGCUCUAUAGACUGGACGGUUUUCAGCAUACAGAUGUGGUCAGACAUCUGGACAAAGACAAUGAGUUCAGUCGUGCCGUUGGGGAAGAGUACCUCAAAUUCUUUGACUUCACCAACCAAAGUCUGGAGCAAGCGCUUCGGUCAUUUCUGAAGGAGGUGGUUUUGAUCGGUGAGACUCAGGAGCGCGAGAGAGUCCUGCAGCACUUCUCUGCUCGUUUCCAGCAGUGUAAUCCUGACAUCUCCUCCUCUGCCGGCUCCGUGCUCACACUCACGUGUGCCGUGAUGCUACUUAACUCUGACCUGCAUGGACAAAAUGUCGGGAAGCCCAUGUCCUCAGCUGAAUUUGUGUCAAAUCUGGAUGGCAUGAAUGGAGGCGAGAACUUCAGCAAGGACUAUCUGAAGGGUCUCUAUAUCUCCAUAAAGAGCGAUCCGCUGCAGUGGGCUGUAGAGGAGGGGGUUCUGGUUAAAUCCAUGAUGCCAGAGUCAUAUUUGGACCAGGAUGGAUUUCUGCGCUCAAAGAGUAACCCGUUCCAGGAUCUCCCUCACGACACCAAGGCCACUGUGUUCCAGAAAGGCUUUUUAAAACGCAAAGCGCACGCAGACAUUGAUGGCAAACGCACUCCAUGGGGGAAACGAAGCUGGAAGACGUUUUAUGUCAUGCUGAAGGGAAUGGUGCUUUACCUGCAGAAGGAUGAUUACGUGAAGGACUGCCAGAGCUCAGAGGAGGUGGUCAGUGUUCAUCAUGCUCUGGCGGAGCAAGCUCUGAAUUACACCAAAAGGCCGCACGUGUUUCGCCUGCAGACGGCCGACUGGAGAGUCUUCCUCUUCCAGGCUGCUUCCACGGAGCAGAUGAACUCCUGGAUCGGCCGGAUUAACCUGGUGUCUGCGCUGUACUCCUCGCCUCCGUUCCCCGCUGCUGUCGGCUCUCAGAAGAAGUUCUGUCGACCGAUUCUGCCCGCUACACAGUCCAGCCUCAUGCUGGAGAAACAGCUGCAGUCGCACGCAGCCAUGCUGCACAGUUUCCAGCAGGACCUGACGUCUCUCCAGCAGGAGGCGCCGGAGAGCAGGAGGAGCCGAGCCCGGGAGCUGGAGGAGAUUCGGCAGAGAGAGGAGUACUUACAGUACGAGAAGUCUCGUUAUGAAGUCUAUCUGAAGGUUCUGGAGGCCUGGCAGGCGCUGGAGAAGUCCGAUCCAUCGGUCGCUGACAGACUGAAUGCGCUCGAUGAGGGAUUGUGGCCCGGAUUGAUGGACGAGCAGCAGGACGAGGCUGACGCAGGGAUGAAGAGAUCUCACUCCAGUCCGUCUCUGGAGUUAGAAACGCCUCCUCAGCCGGUCGUCAAAGUCCGACGCAACAUCUCUGAGAGACGGACCUACCGAAAGAUUGUGAUUCCCCGCCGGAACAAAGAGCUUUGAACAAUCAG